CUGUAUAAAUUCUGCUGCUAUAUCAUCUCCUAUCUACUCCACUCUAGUCACGUACUUAUCGUUUACAUCUCUAUCGUAUUCUCAAUCCGAUCAUCUCAUCGCAUCUUGUUUCAUAACAAUGGCCACGGAACCAGCUCAUGUUCUCGUUACUGGUGCUGCUGGACAAAUCGGGUAUGCUCUUGUACCAAUGAUUGCUAGAGGAGUGAUGUUUGGUCCUGACCAACCUGUGAUCCUGCACAUGCUUGAUAUUCCACCAGCUGCAGAGGCACUGAAUGGAGUGAAAAUGGAGUUGGUGGAUGCUGCAUUCCCCCUCUUAAAAGGUGUUGUUGCAACAACUGAUGUUGUUGAAGCAUGCACUGGUGUCAACUAUGCAGUUAUGGUUGGUGGUUUCCCCAGAAAAGAAGGCAUGGAAAGAAAGGACGUGAUGACAAAGAAUGUUUCCAUUUACAAGAGUCAAGCAUCUGCUCUUGAGAAGCAUGCUGCCGCAAACUGCAAGGUCUUGGUAGUUGCAAACCCUGCCAAUACCAACGCAUUGAUCUUGAAGGAAUUUGCCCCAUCAAUCCCAGAGAAGAAUAUAACAUGUCUUACAAGGUUAGAUCAUAAUAGGGCAUUGGGUCAAAUCUCUGAGAGACUGAAUGUUCAAGUAUGCGAUGUUAAGAAUGCUAUCAUCUGGGGGAACCACUCGUCAACGCAGUAUCCUGAUGUCAACCACGCAACUGUUUGUGGCAAGCCUGUCAGGGAGCUUGUUGCUGAUGAUGAAUGGUUGAAUGGAGAAUUCAUUAAAACUGUCCAACAGCGUGGUGCUGCAAUUAUCAAAGCUAGAAAACUCUCUAGUGCCUUAUCUGCUGCUAGUUCAGCUUGUGACCACAUUCGAGAUUGGGUCCUUGGAACACCGGAGGGUACUUGGGUUUCUAUGGGGGUGUACUCUGAUGGCUCAUACAAUGUACCUGCUGGGCUUAUCUAUUCCUUCCCUGUAACAUGCGCCAAUGGAGAUUGGAAAAUCGUUCAAGGACUUUCCAUUGAUGAAUUCUCAAGGAAGAAACUGGACUUGACAGCUGAGGAGCUCAGCGAGGAGAAAACCCUUGCAUACUCCUGCCUUUCUUAGGUUUCUUGUUAUACACUUCAUCUCUGGUUGAAUCUGGUUAAACAUGAUUCAAUAAGGCAACUGUUUAGCAAUUGCAAAGCUGUGACAAUGCAGACUGUUUCUGUGGAUCUUUUUGCUGGAUCUAUAUACAGUUUGUUAUCUAUUUCGGAUAUAUUUGAAGUGUAGACUUUAGAAUAUUGUCAUGAGAGGUGUAGGAACCUUAUCAUAUUGAAUGAAUGGACGUUUCAUCGUUCA